AUGGAAAACCUUCGACCAUUGAUUUACAAAAGCCCCACAAGGAGAAGCUCUAGGAGAUCAACAAAGUAUCUUGGUGUGAGAAAAAGGGCAUGGGGAAGAUAUGCUGCUGAGAUUAGGAACCCUUAUACGAAAGAGAGACACUGGCUAGGCACAUUUGACACUGCUGAGGCUGCCAUAGCUUAUGAUAUUUCUUCUAUCAACAUUUGUGGCAUUAUUAAUGCAAGAACUAAUUUUCAUUACCCUUUUCUGUCUCUUCCACCACCUCCUCCACCGCCACCACCCACCCCGGGGUUGGAUCCAAGUGUUGGAGGUUGUCCAGAGAUGAAUGGUGUUUACGAAGGCGAUGAUGAAUGUUUAGUCAUUGCUUCCAUUUUGCAAAGCUUUUCUAAUUCUGGUAACUGUUCUUUCUAG